UUAGCACCACUAGGCGCUAGGUUCUCUUUGUUUGUAUUGUAGUCUGCGGUUAGCAUUAGCACAUGAUUAGCACAGAUGUUAGUUGGGUACCUACCACCUACGUUAACGUCGUCUGUCGUUAAUUUAUUGGAUAGGUAACUUACAUUACUAUGGACAUUGAACUGGUUGAACAAAGUCAAUAAUGAUUGUGUGCCAAUAUUAUUUUUCAGUUAUAUGUAAUUAUUAAUUUCUAUUUCUAGUAGUAUGUACAUAAACGGCUAAUAAAAUAAAUAAAUAACGCAUUAAAACAGACGUGACGACUUAUGAGUCAUUGUAUCAUAACUUUGUGAUAAGUGAUAAUGAAUGAUAAGAGCGAUAACGAAUGAAUAACUACUUACAAUACAAUACAGUGAUAAGUUAAUAUUCACCACAAGCCAGGGUUUGUGUCAUUCUAUAUUAUGUACGAAUUUAACAAAACUAUAAUAAAUAAUACGGUGAAAAGUUAAAUCAGUAUGAAGAAUUCCCAUUUAUCAAUAGAGGGGCGUGACUACGACAAUGUUUCAUUUAUAAUUGGUUUGAGCCUGGCUAUAUCGUCUAGUAUAUUUAUUGGCUCUAGUUUCAUUAUUAAGAAGGUGGCUUUAAGGAAAAUUAAUUCCUUGGGUGGUGUAAGAGCAUCUGCCGGAGGUUAUGGAUAUCUCAAACAAUGGAUGUGGUGGCUGGGCUUGAUAACAAUGGGGGUGGGGGAGGCCACAAAUUUGCUGGCAUAUGCUUUCACCCCGGCUGCACUGGUAACUCCACUGGGAGCUCUCAGCGUACUUGUAGCUGCUGUACUCUCAUCGAGAUUCCUGAAUGAAAAACUUAAUUUUAUUGGAAAAAUUGGUUGUUUACUCUGUGUUGUUGGCUCUAUAAUGUUUGUGAUACACUCACCAAAGUCUGAAGAGAUCAAAACUUUUGAAGAAUUAGUUAAUAAGCUAACAGACUGGUUCUUUCUUAGUUAUGUAGCCAUAAUAUUUGUAAUGAGUUUCAUAAUUAAAAUUGUCUUUGUCCCUAGGUUUGGAAAUACAAAUAUUUCAAUUUAUCUCUUAAUGUGUUCUGCUAUAGGUAGUUUAACUGUUGUGUUUUGUAAGGCAGUUGCAUUAGGCAUAAAAGAAAGCUUGAGUGGAGGUAAAAGCAAUUUUAGUCAUUAUAUGUUUUGGUUACUAUUUUUUACUUCUGUGAUAUGUAUAAUGAUACAGAUGAACUAUCUUAAUAAGUCUCUGGAUAUCUUCAAUACCAGUAUUGUUACUCCAGUUUACUAUGUAAUGUUCACAGUGCUAGUUAUAAUUGCAUCAGGUAUUCUGUUCCGGGAAUGGGAACACAUGAAGGCCAAUGAUAUUUUAGGAUGUAUCUGUGGUUUUAUAGUGGUCAUAGUAGCAGUCUUCAUGUUAAAUGCAUUUAAGGAUGUACAAAUUUCAUUCAAAGAUUUGAAUCUUAACUCUAGAAAUAGAAGAAAUUCCCAUGGUUUAGAAGUAAGACCAGAAACUAGUAAUUACAUGAUGGGUAAUCAAAGAAAUGUUAGUCUGCAUUCAUGAUCUUGGGUACAUUCCAGUUGAAUUAAAAAAUUAGUUAAAGGUACAAAAGUAUGAUAUUUAUUAAGAGUACAGUAAUAUUAUUGUUUCCAGACUAGAAUUAUAUUACUCUGAAUAUUACUAAUACAAUUGCACAUGACAAUCACUUCUUGAGAUUAUUGUUAUUCUUAAAGAAA